UGAUGCUCUGUUUGUACAGAUUGUUCUCUUCCUGUCUUCCUCCCAAUCCAUCUUCCUUGUUUCUGCACAGGUAGCACCAGCAUCUACAUGUCUGACAUUCUGUGGGUGUUUUUAGAAAGGUUAUUAUGAGUCGCUGCUGGGCUGUAAAUACACAAACAAACAGCUCCCAUUACACUGUGUGUGGCACUAAAUAUAUUUGACCUGCUGCCUGCUGUGUUAGCUGGCUAGAAACGAGACGCCCAGAAUGAUCAGAGAUAAAUUGCACGUAACAUACAAUCGUCAAAAGACAGAUAACAACACAACCACGUGGUGAACACUUGUGUAACUUAUUCCACGUAUUUCUCCUCGUUGACAUGAUACUACUUUCUACCACCCGCCUACUCGGAAGAGGAAAAACGUUACUCCGUGAUCCGGUUAGGAGGAUUUCCGUCAACAUGUCCUCCGGUAAGAGGCUCCGGGUUCUGGUGGACAUGGACGGGGUUCUGGCCGACUUUGAAGGCGGGUUUCUGAAGAAAUACCGGGCCAAAUACCCGGAGGAUCCUUUCAUCAGCCUGCAGGACAGGAGAGGCUUCUGGGUGUCCACACAGUACGGCCAGCUGCGGAGUGAUCUGUGUGAGAAAGCCAUCAGUAUCUGGGAGUCCAAGGAUUUCUUCAUGGAGCUGGAGCCGCUGCCGGGGGGGCUGGAGGCGGUCCGGGAGAUGGCCCAGAUGGAGAACACAGAUGUCUUUAUUUGCACCAGCCCUAUAAACCACAUCCAACACUGUCCCUAUGAGAAGUAUGCCUGGGUGGAGCAGCACUUAGGUCAGGGCUUUCUGGAGCAGGUCAUUCUGACACGAGACAAGACGGUUAUCAGCGGAGACAUCCUGAUUGACGACAAGCCCGAUAUCCUAGGUGUGGAUCCAGAUCCCACGUGGGAGCACAUCCUGUUCACCGCCUGCCACAACAAGCACCUCAGCCCCCCCCAGAAGAGACUCCUCUCAUGGGCCGACGAUUGGAGGGCCAUCCUGAACAGCAGGAGGCAGUGAGGAACUCCAUUACCCAGAAUCCCCAGCGGUUUACUUCCUCGUUACAGUGACAGAUCUGGGGACCAAAUCGUCGUUGGGGCUCAAGGGAACGCUGUCUUGCUGAAGUAACUAACAAAAAAUAAGGGUGAAAGAGCCAAAUGAAAAUAAUACACAUGUGAGGAACUACAUUACCCAGAAUCCCCAGCAGUUUACUUCCUUGUUAUAGUGACAGAUCUGGGGACGAAAUCAUCGCUGAGGUUCGAGGGAACGCUGUGUCACAGAAUUAACUCUGAAAAAAUAAGGUUAAAUGAACAUUAAUACACAUGUUGGAUGUUUUACAAACAGUUAGGAACUCCAUUACCCAGAAUCCCCAGCGAUUGACUUCCUGUUUAGUGACACAUUUGGGGACGAAAUCAUCGCUGAGCCUUGAGGGAACGCUGUUUUGCUGAAGUAACAAAAAAUAAUAAUAAGGGUGAAAAAGCCAAAUCAACAUUAAUACACAUGUUGGAUGUUUUAGACACACUGAGGAACUCCAUUACCCAGAAUCCCCAGCGAUUGACUUCCUCUUAGUGACAGAUCUGGGGACGAAAUCAUCGCUGAGGCUCGAGGGAACGCUGUGUCACAGAAUUAACUCUGAAAAAAUAAGGUCAAAUGAACAUUAAUACACAUGUUGGAUGUUUUACACACCUGUUGCAUCAGAGGGCAUUUCAUCGUUUGACCACCAGGGGGCACUCUGAGACUGUGUGUGUGAGGAAACUGUGACAAAAACACAUUUUAUAAAGGAUACAGUAAGUCUAACAGGGCAGCUUGAACUCACUGUGAGCUGCGUGUUGUUCACAGCUUUUAGUCGUUUUACAUUAAAAUCAAACGCUUUUUAAUUUGAUGCUGUUUAUCUGCGGUCUUCUUUACAAAUGGCUUAUCAAUAGUGUGUGUUAUUAAUGAGUCAGGGGCACAGGACACUCCACUACACACUGACAUACACACAACAUAUUGAGCGUGUGCAAUACAAAAAGAUACUGUAAAGUAAACACAGAAACUUGUGUACUGCAAUGUGUCACCGAGUACCACAACUGUCGUGUAAAUGCAAAUAUAUGUACACAGAUUUGUGAAACACAUACAUGGUGUUUUUAUUUGUUAUGUAUGUUCUCUGUUCUCUGUUCACCAUCAUCUAUGCAUCUUGAAUGAAACAAAUGAGAAAAGUAUUUGCAUGUUGCCAAAACCAUCACAAAUGUUGGAUGUAUUGCAAAAUAAAAAACGGAGUAUGUUUGAAAUA